UUUGAAAUUAUUAACCAGAAGCUUGUUACUUCCGCUAAUUUGGCAGGAUAAAGGCCGCAGAGUUAAUGCGGAAGUUUGAAGUCAGUUCAGCAGCAGAGAAACAAAAGUCCAACUUCGCAGCUGGAAACUUUUUCUGCGAACCAGAAGAAACCUGAACGCUCCGUCAUGGCCACCCCCAGCGUUUACAGCCCCACGACGGUUUCCAACCCCAAAUCCUCCUGCUUCGUCGUCCCGUCAGAUCUUCUGGAUAUAGUCCGCUUUGGGGUCAAAGUCGUUGAAGUGCUGCUGUCCUUCGUGGCCUUCAUCCUGGAGGAGGUGGUCAACAGCUGCUUAAGCUGCAACGCUCUCUACUUCUUCGAGUUCGUCAGCUGCACGGCCUUCCUCUUCACCCUGCUGCUCCUCAUCCUCCUCUCCACCACCCUGCACAGCAAGGUCGGCAUCUCCUGCUGGCCCAAACUGGACUUUGUGUACACCAUUGGCAUCGCUCUGCUGUUCCUCAUCGCCUCCAUCGUUUUUGCUGCAGACAACAACAACACGACGAUGGAGAGAAGUGCUGUGGCGUUUGGCUUCUUGGCGACGGCCGCGUUUGCCGUGGACCUCAUGUUGUUCGUGAAGGCCAAGGGGUUUCCCUUUAAGGAGGAUGGGACGCCGGACACGAGGAACGGCGGUACGGGGGCGGUGGAGGCUCAACCAGAGGCGGAGAAACUCAACACUGAGGCCAACGGAAAUUAAGUCUUUUUGUUUUCAAUAUUUGUUUGCUGCGCUCAGAGGUCAGAGAUCACUUCACGCACUAUUCCUUUAACACGGAGGCGGAGCUUCAGCUCGGCUGACUUUUUUUUUUUUUUUUUUUAAAUCCUGUUUUUAGUCCUCGAUUCCCAAAGCGGAGGACGAUCUGUGCUGACAUGUUAUCAAUAUAAUCCAUCAUCCAAUAAUGAAUCGAUGACGGUGCGGAGCGUCUGUCGGCGUGGGACGUUUUAAAUAAUUGAUCUUAAAUGUUUCCACCUGCUUAUUGACGACUUUAAACAAUAUUUUUUUAAGGAAGAACAGACACUAAAAUAACAGAACCACUAAAUAUUCUGCUGUUAAGUUUAAUUUUUAAGAUUUUCACAGAUGAUGUAGAGACAAUAAAUGGAUUUAUUGUCUGUCGAUUUAGCUUCAGGACUUUUUUUUUUUUUUUUAUUAUUUUUAAAGGUUUUGUUUAUUGAAUAUCAUGAAAUUUAUCAACACAUUUAGUCUUAAAUGACAAAUGAAAUCAAAUCCUGUGUCAUGAAAUUCACAAAUUACUGACAAUGAAAACAAGUCAAUGUUUAAAUCUGAGGGGUCACAUGAUUAGAUGAGAUUCUUUUCUCUCUGUAUAUUUUUAGUGUGAAAUACUGGAAACUUUUACUUCGGUCUGCAGAAAUCUUUUAAUGAAACAAACCAAAGCUUAUCUCGUCCCCAUGCUAUGAAUUUUCCCUAAUCCGCUCAGGCCCUGAACGCCUCACGAAUGUUAAGACGAUUUGGUGCCGAAAUGAAGAAACGACACUCAACAAAGCAAAGAAGUUUUAUUUUAAUGUCCUGAUGGACAGAAAUGAACAUGACCGUUUCACAAAAUGAGUCCAGUCCGAACGUGUCUGUUUGUACACAGACGGCCAAAAGCUUUCGUGUUAAAUGUCCGCGAGUUAAUUAUUCUACUAAUGUGUUCAACAGGUGAUCAUUGCACAUACUCAAAAUAUUACUGACUCUGACACGUAAAGGCCAGUUUAUACUUCUGCGUCGGCUCCCUGCUGUCAUGAGCAUUUCUACUUGUGCGUUGGUGUCUGUCGCCCAAAACGCUAGAAAUGUUAUCGGACCGAAUGGCUCAAACUCUGAUAGUGAAACGAGUCAUUAUUGAUUGUCUUAUUUGACGCUUUUAUCCAAAGCGAAGAACAUACAAGCACCAACACAGUCCGAGAUCUACCAGUGACGACAGAUACUAGCUGGAGCUGUUAGCACGUACGGCAUCAAUGGGGUAAAUAGUCCGAGUUAACGAGUGGUGGAAUCAGUAGAAGUGUGAAGAGGCCGAAGAAGAUUUGACACAAAAGUAUAAAUGGGCCUUAACACGUCCAGGAAGCGAGCGGUUCAGUGCUCUCACUAUAUGAACACAUUUUUUCUUUAAUGCGCUUUGAAAGCAGCUUGUUUAUAAUUAACAGUCACUAAUCAAUAGAAUAACUAAAUGCCACUAAUGGAAGCAGAUUUUUAAAGAACUAAAUUAGCGUCAAGUUUCAGCUCAGACAAGGCGUUAUGCAGAACUCGCGUCCGACUGAAUGAAAUGUUUCCUUGGAGUCCGUUUAUGGCAUUCACUACACAAACGCCCAUGAGCCUUUGCCAAAAGCGUUUUGAUAAGGUGGAGGAACAUGGCCGACGGGCUGAAUCCAAAUGUGUGUGCGAGUGCUGAGAUUAGAUCGGCGCCCUCUGACAGUGCGGAUGAAGGCUCAGUCCAGAUGUGGGACACGUGGAUCCAGCCCCAACGUCCUACCCCCUGACCUCUGACCUUCCCUGUGGACCGGUCAGCGUACUCGUAACGUUCCACUCUCUGCUCCAGUCCUAAAAACUACCGGCUCUCUGACCUUUUUAUUUGAAGCAGCUUUAAAUGAGACUGUUGAAACUUCUUAGUUUAGCGGUUUUCAUGUCGUCGUCUGUCUUUAGUCAGUUUUUUCUGUAUUUUAUUUUAAAGGUUUGUCUCCGUCAGUCUGUAAAACCAGACUCUGCUUUAUGUUCCACCAAUUUUAGCACCCGCCUUUAAUCACUUUGUGUAUUUUAAAUUGAAUGUUUCAUGAAGGAAGUGAUGCUUUUUUGUCAAACAUAAACUCCUAAUAUCAAUGAUUUUAAAAGGUGAUCAGCUGUUUCUUGGAUUAGACGGAUUUUUUAUUUUUUUUAAAUGUAGUCCCCUUAAUAGUUGAUCAGAAGUUUUACUGUUAUUUCACCCAAAACUUUUGUUUGCUGUUUGACCCCAAAUAUUUGAAUUAGUGUUUAAAGACACAGGGACCCUGUCGUUAGUGCCUGUUUGUACUGAUUUUGGCCCCUGAACCUCUGGGCCUGGCAGGUCACUUGAGUUACCCAUCAGUGAGUUUAAUCAUGUUUGGGUGAAAUAUUCCUUUUAAUAUUCUGGGUAAUAUGAUCAGCUGACCAGCUGAGGAGUUAAAACUCACAAAGAGUGUGUUUGUCCUUCGGUCACCUUUUUUAUAUAAAUGACAUUUUUAUGCCCAGAACAUGAAGCGGACUGCAAGUUUAAAAACAAUUGUUCGUAAAGUUUGUGUAAUUUUUUCCAAAUGUUAGAAGAUAAAUGUUUUUCGUCCUUUUACAUUCCUUCGAUGAGUGGUCACAUGUUUCUAUAUCGUCGUUUUUUUUUUCGUAGCCAAACUAAUUUUAGUAACUCGUUUGAAAACUAAUAAAAAUCAGCUGAUUGAGAAGUCGUCCAGUAUGUGUGUAACCCUUCAAUUAUAUGCGUGCUGCACAAUAGGGCUGGACAAUAAAACAAUGGUGAUAAUUAUUACAAUUAUUGCCACUUUUUCCAUAUAUUUACAUUUUUAAUAGGAAAUGCUUUGACAAUCAAACGACAUACAAAGAGUUAAUCAUUGAAUACACUGGAAAAUGUAUUAAAAAAGAUUUUCUUAUUCGUGUCAGACAAUCAAAAACCUGUUUUUUAUAUUAUGGUUAACUUUAAUGUUCAGGACCAAGUAAAGUCUAUUUAGAAGGAAAUGUUUUUGUAAUAUAUUUGUAUAUUUCCAUGCUUCUCUUCUGUGCCUGUAAAAUAAAUUGGUUUUUCAUCCAUUCAUGUGUAACAGAGAAUACUGUAAAGAUAUACAGUGAAGUAUCUCGCUAUGUCCUUUUCAAAUUGCUGCAAUUUCAUAUCAGAGACAAUCAUUUUAUUAUUCAGUCAUAUAAUAAACAGAUUUUCAAGAAA